GCAAGCGUCACUUGGCGGCGUGUCUAGUAUUGUCUAGUUCCCACAUUUUGAGACCUUUAAAGCCGCGGAAAACAUAAAUAUCAUUGUUUUGGUGUAAUAUGUCUUAUCAAACGAGUGUAGCGCAGGACUCUUUAGCUGCAGCUCAAUUAGAAAUGGCCGGUAACCCUAAUUCAAUAGCUUUACGUCGUCCGUUUGACCCGGUGGCGCACGAUUUGGAGGCAAGUUUUCGGCUGACACGAUUUGCUGAUCUAAAGGGAAGAAGUUGCAAAGUACCUCAAGAUGUUCUCGGAAAACUGGUUGAGUCUUUACAGCAAGACUAUUCGCAAGCGGAUCAAGACCAAUUUAUGCAUGUGGCUAUCCCGCGCAUCGGCAUCGGCUUGGACUGCUCGGUGACACCACUUAGACACGGUGGGCUUUGUUUAGUUCAAACUACUGACUUUUUUUAUCCAUUAGUGGAUGACCCAUAUAUGAUGGGUAAGAUUGCAUGUGCCAAUGUUCUUAGCGACCUAUACGCGAUGGGUGUUACGGAGUGCGACAAUAUGCUCAUGUUGUUGGGUGUCUCAACGAAAAUGACUGAAAAGGAACGCGACGUCGUUAUUCCUCUUAUAAUGCGCGGGUUCAAAGAUUCCGCUUUGGAGGCAGGAACGUCUGUCACUGGUGGGCAAACUGUCAUCAACCCCUGGUGCACAAUUGGUGGGGUUGCUACCACUAUCUGCCAGCCUAAUGAGUACAUUGUACCUGAUAAUGCAGUGAUGGGUGAUGUAUUGGUCUUGACAAAACCUCUUGGUACACAAGUUGCAGUAAAUGCUCACCAAUGGUUAGACCAACCUGAACGCUGGAACAGAAUCAAAUUAGUUGUAUCUGAAGAAGACGUUCGUAAGGCAUAUCACAGAGCAAUGGACUCUAUGAGCAGACUCAAUCGCAUUGCAGCAAGAUUGAUGCACAAGUACAAUGCUCACGGCUCAACAGAUGUAACUGGUUUUGGUUUAUUGGGUCAUGCACAGAACUUGGCAUCUCAUCAAAAGAAUGAAGUAUCAUUUGUAAUCCAUAAUCUGCCUGUAAUUGCCAAGAUGGCAGCAGUAGCGAAAGCUUGUGGGAACAUGUUUCAAUUGCUACAAGGACACGCUCCAGAGACAUCUGGUGGACUUCUAAUCUGUCUGCCACGAGAACAGGCUGCUGCGUACUGUAAAGAUAUUGAGAAACAAGAAGGAUAUCAGGCUUGGAUCAUUGGUAUUGUGGAGAAGGGUAACCGCACAGCCCGCAUUAUUGAUAAACCUCGAGUCAUUGAAGUGCCUGCUAAAGAUUAAAAUUAAAUGACUUAUACUAAAAUAUUUUAACUAGACUUCGGUAAAGCUGGAUAAAUUUAAAAAUUUUAUUUCACAGCAAAAUAUAUAAUUUUAUUAAUGUUAAAGCAAUAAAUAACUUCUUUUUUUUUUUGUUGCAAAACUUGUCCAUUAUCUGAAAUCGAUAUUUUUAACCCUCAUUAUUCAAGUGACUGGUGUUAACUUAGUUAAGGAUAUCACUAUUAAAAUUAAGAUAAUUCCAUUAGGUCCUGGAACCUAACCAUUUUUUGCAGCUUGUGGACUGUUUCUACAAAUUGUGAAUUAAGUAUAAUUAUUAGAAUAAAAUUAUUUUUCAGUCAUAA